CAGGCUCAAUGCGGCCCAGCUGCAGGCCAAUCCAAUUUCCAUCCACGCGGCGUCGUUUUCACUUCCAACCAUUUCUCCCCACUUUGACCGACAUUCCUCCUCCCUAGACCCUCCUACUUCGGAUCUCUUCCUCCUCCUCCUCUCCACUUUUCCCUCCGCUCUUCCGCCGCCUCCUCCUCCUUCCUAACCGCCGCCCACCGACGGAAGACCGCGGAGGCUUUCGAGCAUCCUCGGCACGUAUCCUCAUUCACUCAGUCCUUGAUUGCUGUGCGAUCUGGCGAUAGAUCCGAGGAUCUGAACCUUUUCUCGCCUAAUAAACUAAGGUCUCGAUUCCUGUCUACAUCUUUAUCUGGUUGUUGAUGAUCCCAUAGCUCUGACUGAACUAGAAUUUGGAAAAUCGGUGGCUGCUACGUAGCUUAUAACUACAACUUAUUCCUCAUUUUACCAAAGGUUUUCAAUUCUGAAGAGAGGACUGUGAAGUGAACAGGGGAUUUAUUGUUAUAGGCGGAGUGACAGGAAGCUAGGACAAUGUGGGAGGGUUGGAUUUGAUCACGUAUAGCACUUGAUGAAGAGGGAUACGAACGUUGCAUUGGUGAGCCACGCAUGUUCCAUAAUCUAGGGUGGUUCAUUGGUCUAAAUUAUCAAGUGCGGUCGGUGAAGAAGCCACCUGAUGCAAAGCCACGUCUGGCCAAAGUCAAGCCGGUGGCUAUGUUGGACACUGUACAGGAAAUUGCCAUUUACAUUCAUAGGUUUCACAAUCUCGACCUUUUCCAGCAGGGAUGGUAUCAAAUUAAACUUACCAUGAGAUGGGAAGACAGCGAGUAUACAUCCGUUGGAACACCAGCUAGAGUUGUUCAGUAUGAAGCUCCAGAUCUGGGAUCCGGUAAUAGUUAUGGAGUAUGGAAGAUUGACGAUACAGACAACAGUUUCUCUACACAGCCUUUCAAGAUCAAGUAUGCAAGGCAGGAUAUACUUCUGUCAAUAAUGAUCUCAUUCAAUUUCCCCCUUGUGAAGUACGAGGCUCCAUCCACUUCUGCCGUUAUUUUGAAGUUUGAGCUCAUGUAUGCUCCAAUAUUGGAGGCUGGACCAGAAUUGCAGGCUUCUUUGGAUGCUUCUCCUGCUGCAGUACAUGAAUUUCGAAUUCCUUCUAAAGCUCUACUAGGAUUACAUUCGUACUGUCCAGUACAUUUUGAUGCAUUCCACGCAGUGCUCGUUGAUGUAAGCAUUCACAUUUGCUUACUACGUUCUUACACUCCAGGAAAAAGAUCCAGUGAACUACACAAGGAAAAUCUUGCUGCGAGACAUUUUGAUCCACAAAAUCAGGUAGGAGCAUCACGGGAUGAGAAAGAUGUCACACUUAUUAAAGCAUUAUUGACUGCUCGUGAUAUUCUACUUGAGGAGUUUCAAAAUCUUAGCAAAGCUAUUGACCAAACCGUUGAUUUUACUGAUUUUAUAUCUGGAAUGGAUGAUACCAAGUAUGUUGAUGUUUUGAUUCCUUCGAAAAGGGAUAAUGUAAAGGGUGAAGCGGCAGGACAAGGCAAUCCACAAAACGGCCUCGAGAGGACUAACGGUGGUGAUCAAUUGCACCAAAGAGCAGGUAGUCAUAUGUCACACCGUUUUCACUCACUGGGUGAUCAACUCUUGUAUUUAUGGAGCACCUUUUUGAAGUUCCACAGGGCUAACAAAACAAAGAUUCUAGAAUAUCUACGGGAUGGAUGGGCAAAGGACAGGCGAGCUGAGUGGUCAAUAUGGAUGGUUUACUCUAAAGUCGAGAUGCCUCAUCACUACAUUAAUAGUGGAAGUGAGGAACCUUCGAACCUUGCCAUCCGUAGAAGCACUGUUCAUAAAAGAGUUUCUAGUCUGUGGAAGUUGGCAGAUGAUCCUGCCCAAACUGCAGCUAUGAGAGCUGAGCUUCAUCGUCGAAGUAUUUUACAAAUGAGGAUAAAUAAUAGAUGUAUCCAAGAUCUGCAUAUAUUUAGAGAUCCUUCCCGAAUCCCUAUUGUAAUCAUUGAGCGUGUCAUGAAUGCUCCUCGACGUUCAAUUAGUGAAAAUUCAUACUUGAGGCGUUUUGACAUGAUAGAUGCUAUUGGGAAGGACAGUGGGCCAAGUUCUGAAGCCGUAGACAAGCUGCCUGGCUCUGUAACAGAAAGGAGUGGUCGCAUUUUGAAGAUAGUUGUCUUCGUGCAUGGAUUUCAGGGUCACCAUCUUGAUUUAAGGCUUGUUCGGAAUCAAUGGCUUUUAAUAGAUCCCAAAAUUGAAUUUCUUAUGUCUGAAGUAAAUGAAGAGAAAACUUCUGGAGACUUCAGAGAAAUGGGACUAAGGCUGGCACAAGAGGUGAUUUCUUUCGUUAAAAAGAAAAUGGAUAAAGCAUCAAGAUAUGGGAAUUUACAGGAUAUUAAAAUUAGCUUUGUUGGACACUCCAUUGGAAAUGUUAUUAUAAGAACUGCAUUAUCAGAAAGCAUCAUGGAGCCAUAUCAUCGUCAUCUUUAUACCUAUGUUUCAAUAUCUGGUCCACAUUUGGGUUACCUUUACAGCUCAAACUCGUUAUUUAACUCUGGCCUGUGGCUUUUGAAGAAGCUCAAGGGCACUCAGUGUAUUCAUCAGCUGACUUUUACUGAUGAUCCGGAUCUACAAAAUACAUUCUUCUACAGGCUGUGUAAGCAAAAGACGUUGAACAAUUUCAAGCACAUAAUCCUGUUCUCAUCUCCACAGGAUGGCUAUGUUCCGUAUCACUCUGCCCGGAUUGAAUUGUGUCAGGCAGCUUCAAUAGACAACUCAAGAAAAGGAAAGUUAUUCCUUGAUAUGCUGAACGAUUGUCUGGACCAAAUACGUGCCCCUUCCUCUGAACAGAGAGUGUUCAUGCGUUGUGAUGUGAACUUUGACACCUCUGCUUAUGGCAAGAAUUUGAACACAAUUAUUGGACGGGCAGCUCACAUUGAGUUCUUGGAAUCUGACUUUUUUGCUAGAUUCAUAAUGUGGUCUUUCCCAGAGUUAUUUAGAUGAUUGUCACAAAGAAUAGGGCUACCUACGAUAUGUCCCCCUGAUCUUGUCUUUUCCAGGGUCAUUUAAUAUAUACUAUCCACGGCUUCCUCACCCUUAUCUCCAAAGCAGCACCAGGAUCAACAAUGGAAAUGAAAGUUUUUUGGCUUAUUGGGUUCUAUCAUUUUACACAUGGGAUAGGGAGAUUCAUGGAGCUGGAAGCAUCAUCUGAAGUACUGCAAAAUAAUUAUUCAGCAACGAGGAGUUAUAUCGUCCUUGUUAGGCCAAAUGAGAGUAGGAUAAAAAUCCUUGUUCAUAAUCAAAAAUCAAGUUAUUGCUCUGCUUUGGUAUAUAGACUAGUGGGGAAGUGAGGAGCUAAUACUGCUAUUGUCAUUGUAUGCUUUUGUUCCCCAUUCCUAUCUAGACAUGGAAUGCAGGCUGAUGCGGUUAGAUGCUGCUUGCAUCUAGCCUUGCGUUUAGUUGACUUGGUACGUAUGUAUGUCUUUAAUCUAUCAAUUUGGCCGUUAUUGUCUUUGAUGCAGCUUCCAGAUUGAUCUUGAUUGAUAAUGGAAUGUGGAGGAGACUCGCCUAACAAUUUUCGGUA